AUGAACGAUACACUCCAGAGUUCGCGUGAUGUGCGUGUGAUCAUAGAGAAUUCUAUCGUUGCCGAAAUCGGUGCGUGCACCGUUGGACGUUGCCCAAAUCCCAGUACCUCUGGGUAUGUCCAUUCUCAUCUUUCAGCGUUAAUGACACGCGAUAGUACAUGGUGCAUACCGGAUGUUAUCCCAGUGGGUGAUCUGGUAUGGCCAGCGCCCUUAGUUUCAGCGUGGAAAAAGAUGAAUUACAGCUCCUUUACCGGCAUAUUUCCUUCCAUCUCCCGUGUAUGGCUAGUUGUAGAUAACCGGCUUAUUCUUUGUAAUUAUCGCAGCGAAAGGGAGCUUUGUCAAUAUGAUGAGAUUCCAGAGCUCAUCGUUACGGUGGGAAAUCCUGUGCGUCCACAAAAGGGCAUUUUUCAACCCCAUGUUUCUUUUGUGCUCCCUGUGGCUACUUCUGAAGUGGUUUAUUUACUUGGUGUCUGUAUAGGGAAUGAGGAAGAAUUGUCUGAAGUAAGGCUGCUGAAUUUGGGAUACAGUGUAAUGGCACCUUCUCUUUUUACAAAGAUUAUUGGAAUAGAAGAGGCUGGAAGAAUUUUUUGUGCCGGGGCAGAUGGCAACUUAUACGAACUGCGAUACGUUCGUGAAAGCACUCCGUUCAUUCCAAGAAUACGAUUGGUAUGUUAUUCUUUUUUCCUCUCGAAGUGGCCCGUACUAGGGCAGAUUACAUCACUGAUCGGCACAGUGAAGCAAACGUGGACCGGGCCCAAGGCUGGGUUGUGCGACAUUAUUGUCGACAGGCGCCAUGACUUACUGUUUAGUUUAGACGAACAAAGCGUUAUUAGUAUCUGGCGCAUCUUACCAAAUGAUCUCAAAUUUAUAAAAGCACUUGCUCAUCAACCAAGCAAUUAUCUUCCAUCUAAUACUUUUCAUGCUCAAUUGCUCUCUCCGCUAUGUAAAUUGUUCGUAAUCGAUCCUGAUCACGAUGGUUGCACGCUUACUGCUAUUACUGUUUCCGGGGAGCAGUUCCGUUAUCGCUAUACCGACCAUUUUACAGGAAAUCAAAGCGUGGAGUUUAUCUUGCGGGGAUACGUCCCUUCGCACUGCAAAGCUUCCCGCGAAGUAGGGGUCUGUUACGGCAGCGGCUCCGUGGUUAUCCUAUCAAACGCAUCAGAGAACUCGGCGGAUGAGCUUGUCAUAAUUUCGUCCCCAAAUGCCAUCAUGGAGCCACACAGUAAAUCUCGAAAUAUUGUAACAACCUUUGACUCGUCUGAGUCUCGGAUCGUACGCGUAGAUGCCAUUGAAAUGAUCUCCCCGGUUAGGCCCUACAUGAGUCCUAAUGAUCUCUGUGCCCAGGUAAAUCAUCCCCCUUCAAUGUUUGCGGUUGUGCAUCGGCACGGGAUCUCCUUCUUUCUACAAAUGCGCCCAGUUGAUUUACUUUACACGAUCAUGAGCAUGUCUGACAUGAAAAAUCGUGAUGGACUUUUGCAACGUUUUGCCUCGAUUUACAGUGAAGUGGACUACACAGCGAUGCUGCUUCAAAUAGCGACUAAUGCAGUUAACAUUAGCCACUUUAUUUGCGGCCCUCUCAUUGCGGACAAUUUAAACAAACCGCCAGCGGGCACCAUUAGCACAUCAGCCCAAGCUAGCGGACUUACAUUUGCCCAUAUAGGUGCAACCCUACUGAACUGCAGCUCCCCUGCGCCUAAGCGUAUUGCGCGGGAGCUGUUGCGCAGCGCAGCCCUUACGACAACACAAAGCAAUCCACCUGAUGCUUCAGGCAUGAGACAGGUGACUAUUCUCCUUUCAACCUACUCAAGUACUGUGGUGGUCUAUAUGGCACGUGCACUCUACGACGUCUGGGACGUCCCUCUUCAUAAAUUGCUGCAAGAAAAUCUCAAAACAAUAGAAAUAGUCUUUUCACUUUUAGUUCGCUUUCUUGAAAGCACCGAGUUGGCGACUUGCAGUGAAGAAGGUCUUCGAAUAGAUAUCCCUUAUCGGUGGGAGAUCAACAAGGUGGUUGUGUCCCUACCAGCUGGCACUACACUAUCUUUAUAUGAUGUUAAUAAGUUUCAAAUGGUUAUGCUGUUUCAGGCCUACCAGCUCGCCCGAAAAGCCCUUCAAACUGCACUUCUUUUGCACCAAUCCCUCUUCCUUCCGCUUCGCUCCGAGGACCAUCUCUUAACCUUUGGUCAAAUUGUUCGUGACGAAAUGGUAGCCAGGCGAAUGGGCCAAUACUACAGCCAACUGAUUUUGUCCUCACCUCAGGGGGUUGGAUCUGCUGCAAGCAAGCAGGUUCGCUCGUUUGGCGAGCUUCAAAAACGCUGCCCCUAUUUCUUCGCUAGCAUUGACACGCAGGAGUUGAAGGCGCAAUCGGAGAUAGCGGAGCUUACUCGCGGUGGUGGUCUUGACUCACUGACGGUCUCUCAGCUGGAUCAAUGGAUGGCCUCAGUUGGACCGCAUGCGGGCUCUUACUGGUUAUCUGGCGCACUCCAGACAAUUUGUCAACAGCUCAAGGACCUAAAACGGGAAGACCUUGCAAUACACCUUUUGCUUCAUGCGGCGAGACAGUUGGACCCAAGCAAUGCCUCAUUACCACUUUACCUUGCCGAGCAAAGCGGACGUUUAGUACAGGAAAAUGUUAGUACCGCGCUUUACACCCUUUACCAAACCAAGUGUCGUGCGCUGCAACUAGUGGUUUCCAUUUUAGAGUCAGCUUGGUUAAGUCAUCGUAGUGUCAUUGAUAUUCUCCUUGGUAGCCCACAUAAGUCUGGGGCAAUAUGGGAGCUUGAACCUAAUGAUGAGUUCGCGCACUACUAUUUGCUCGAUUGGAUGCGUGCCCCACGUGAGGAUUCGAAUAUCACGCAAGCUCUUCGAGACACCCUCGUAGCGGCGCGCUCCCCGUUCCUCGAGAAAUAUCUGACCCAGAACUCAGCUCUUCUGGGUGAGGAGUACGCACACUAUCUGCAUCGCACGAAACAUGACUAUAAGGCUGCUAUUGAGCACAGUGUGCUGCUUGCGCAGUCCCCACUUCUUCAGAUCCCUCGUGCGGAUCGUCUAUCUUACCGAAUACGUUGCCUAAAUGAGGCACGGGAAUGCGCUUGUGAGUGUGGCUCGGGACAAAUUCAGCAGAUUGAGCAACUCCUUUCUCUAUUGGACGCUCAGAAGCGACUUCUCAAAAUAGUCACCGACUACGUUGGCUCGGGGCAGUCACAGCUGGACAAAACUUGGCACGUGGGUGGCCGCAUGGUGACGGAACGGGAGCUGGCUUUGACCCAUGUGGAGCAGCUCUCCGAGAGUGUCUGCUCCGUGAGUGAGAUUCUUCAAAUAGGCGGGAUGUACGCGGCUUACGGUGGCGCGGAGGUGCAGCUCGAUGUACUCGUGAGCUCCAAUGUAAGUGACUCAUGUGUAUUUGCAAUGUGUAUUCUGCGGGCCUAUCAACUUCGCGAUGAUAGUAUCGAGGACCUCACACGUCGCCUUAUUGAACGCUAUUACAAGAGGAGCGUUUUGUUUCCCGUACCGACCGUGAUUCAAGUGUUAGAGGCAUAUUAUUAUGUUAAGUUUCCACAAGGUUGUCUUUCGGCAGCCAAACUGCUGUUAGAGUUUGGUGUCGAUGUCAAGGUUCUUUUUUACUCAUACCAAGAUUUGAUUGAAGAGCGAUAUCAAGACGCGGCCAUGUGUGAGGCAUUCACUCAGGCAGGUGUUACAACCGCAUACCUCGUCCACUCGUUAGCCUUUGUUCUUUAUGAAAUGGCUAAAGCGGUGCAACGAGGAACCCUUCGAUUUACAGUAGUAGCUCAGGCGAUGCGAGUGGUGCAGGAUUAUAUAAGCUUAUGCGUUAGUAGUCAAACAAUUGGGAGCACUGAGCGUCAUGCUUUAAGCGAAGCCGAGAAUCAUCUUCGUCUCUCAGAUAACAUGAUUAAUGCUGGCUAA